CGACCAGCCCCUACGCGUGCGUGUUAUGCAGGUGCCUCCCCGUGCUCUUGUGACUGGCUGAGGCGGCGAGGUAGGAGAUGGCGGCGUCCGCGGAACAGGCGCGGGCUUUAUUCGGCGUCGGCGUUCGGGCGGUGCUGGAGGCUUGGCCGGCGCUGCAGAUUGCGGUGGAGAACAGCUUCGGGGGAGUCCACAGCCGCGAGAAAGCCCUGUGGCUAGGGGGAGUGGUCGAGGACUAUUUCUUACAGAACGCCGACCUGGAGCAGGAGGAGGUGGAGGACUUCCUGUCGGACAUCAUGAGCACCGAAUUUGAUACUCUGAUAGAAGAUGGAAGCCUGCCGCAGGUGAGCCAGCAGCUCCAGACUAUGUUCAGAUACUGCCAGAGAGGUGAGGAGACUUUGCUGAGACAGUUCAUCACUCAGCUGGGCCAGAAACAAAUGGAAGUCAGAGCCACAGCCACAACCACAGCCACGGAGGUCCAGGCAAUCGACCAGACCAAAGAUGCAGUCUCAGACAAGGAGGGAAGAAUAGAUGGGGGAGCUGAAGAGAUGGAGGUGACUGAAAGUAGGGAGUCUCCUGCCCUGCCUUAUGGUUCCCAGGCUGGUCCGUCAGCUACCACUAGCCUGACUACUGUUGGGCCUGAAGCUGCUGAAGAUGGUUGGAUUGUCAUCCGAAGGAAAAAGAAGUGAGAGCCUAACUUUUUCCUAGUGGGCUAGGCCUGGCCUUCCACAUGUGCUCCGGGACCUCUCAGGGAAGAGUAUCUCCUGAGCCUUUCGCUCGAUCCGGGACAUUCCUUGCACAGCUGUGAAACUGGCCUAGAGCACCCAGAGGGGCCCCCAGUCCAUGCAGAAUCUCUCCUUGAGAGUAUUGCUUGUCUGGUUCUGACAUUUACCAGUGUCAGGUGUUCUUUGGCAAAUCACCUGACUUCUGGGCCCGUUUCCUUACCUGUAAAAUGGGGACAAAAAUGACUUCCCGAGAUGGGAGGAAUAGACAUUGACUUUGUUCUGCUUCUCAGAAGCUGGGGGAAGGAGACGGGAAUGGGGACGUGAAGAAAUGAAGCAUGGAGUUUUCCCA